AUGACUUGCUCUGGGGAUCAAAUAGACAAAUCGUUCAUCUGCAUCGGCAAUGGUUCACAGUCGAAAUCAUUUUUCACUUUCUAUUCACAGUUCAAUAGGAACUGGGGCGGGGAGGGUGUUCUAGAAGCCGUCGUCAUGCUUGUUAUUGCGAUUAUGUCUGUGACUGGCAAUCUGGUUAUUUGUUUCUUUAUUUUAAAGUCUAAGACAACGAGGACUGUGACCAACGUCUUAGUGUGUAACAUGGCAUUGGCGGACAUAGCAUAUUGUCUCUCUGCACCGUUUGUCGCCUACGUCAGAGUGCACGGAACCUGGACGCUAGGGGACGUUAAAGAAGGCGUAACAGGAAACCAGCAAGUCAUCCAGUUUUGUACGUUAGACUGGCCCUGGGAGAGACACUUUCCAUUAAUUUACACGGCCCUCAUUGCUCUCUUCUGUUUCUUCAUACCAGUGAAUAUCAUCACACUCAGCUACUACAUAAUAUUUCAAACGUUCCGGAGGAGUUCAAAACAGGUGGACAGUAAAAACGCGGCUCGUCGAAGUAAACAACAAAAGGUUGUCCGGACACUUGUCCUCAUUGUGUUAGUCUUCAUUGCGAUGUGGUUGCCACUGUUCAUUGUGAUUGCGCUUGUUGAAUAUGACGUCAGCAAUCACGAAACGGACUCGAUAGCGUUUCUGUAA